CUCGAGAGCCCAUACUCGUCCACACGGUGUAGCCUUCCCAUUUUUAAAUCACUGAAAACAACGUGAAUCACACUUCGAGAUACACCCGAUCACGAUCAACCAAAACCCACCAUACAAUUCAACUUAUACACCAAUCUCUCUCUCUCUCUCUCUCUCUCUCUCUCUCUCAUCCGAUCCGAUCAUGUCUUCAACGUUCUCCGGCGAUGAAACGGCACCAUUCUUCGGAUUCCUCGGAGCCGCUGCCGCACUUGUCUUCUCCUGUAUGGGGGCGGCGUACGGGACAGCGAAGAGCGGCGUUGGAGUGGCGUCGAUGGGAGUUAUGAGGCCAGAGUUGGUGAUGAAGUCGAUUGUGCCGGUUGUUAUGGCUGGAGUGUUGGGGAUUUACGGUUUGAUUAUUGCUGUGAUUAUCAGCACUGGUAUCAACCCUAAGGCGAAAUCGUAUUACUUGUUUGAUGGAUACGCCCAUCUUUCAUCUGGUUUGGCUUGUGGUCUUGCUGGUCUUUCUGCUGGUAUGGCUAUUGGAAUUGUUGGUGAUGCUGGUGUCAGAGCCAAUGCACAACAACCUAAACUUUUUGUGGGGAUGAUCCUGAUCCUCAUUUUCGCAGAAGCCCUUGCUCUCUACGGUCUUAUUGUUGGCAUCAUUCUUUCUUCUCGAGCUGGUCAGUCGAGGGCGGACUAGAAUUAUUGGAUGAUCCAGCUGUGUUCUACCGCCAUAACUUGAAGCAGUUUUAAACUUUAGUCUUUUGGGUGGAAUUGAAGCUGUGUGCUGUUUAUUUCAUAAUUUGUGGGUGGUAAAUGGUGAUGGUAUGUUUUGAUGGUUGGUUGUGGACUAGAGUGUAGUUCUCUGGCAAUAAUAAGGGUGUCCUGUUACUGGUAUUAUCUGUUGCUAUAUUUAUUUGUUUAUUUUUUUUAGUGUGUUAUAUUUUUUGUAUUUUUUUCUUUUUGCACUUUAAACCUUCAAACGUAAUAAAUAGAAAAUAUUGUUAGCUGUC